AUGAAGAUUCUGGUGGGCGUGUAUGGUGUUUUGAUAUGUUUGGCGGUGCUUGCGGGCUUUGCUGGCGCUUUGGCUGUGAGGAGGAAUAGAGGGUUUAAGGGGACGAGGUUAUCUCAUGGUGUUGAUGCGGCUAGAGGACCUGGACUGGAUGGGAUUGUGAGAGGAGGUCGUGGGGUGAGAGGGGGAGAGGUUGCAAGUGGAUUUAAGACUCCGAGGCUUGGGCAUGGGUUGCUCAAGUCGUUGAGUGAUGAUGAGAUCGGAUGUAGAAGUGUGAUGGUGCCGGCUGCUGACCCUUUGUUAUGUAGAUUUGGAUUCGGAUUUGAAGGAGAGGUGGAAUAG